AUGCUCUACACAAUGACAUGUUGGCUCCCGGUCCUGGUCCUCCACCUGGUCCUCCUGAGCCCCCCGCGGGUGGCAGCCUGCCCUGCCCGCUGCGAGUGUGCCCCGCAGAUCAAGUCGGUGGUGUGUCACCGCAAGCGGCUCACCACCAUCCCCGAGGGCAUCCCCACCGAAACCAAGAUUCUGGAGCUCAACAAGAACCGUAUCCGCUGCCUGAACCCGGGGGACCUCUCCCCAUACCCACUGCUGGAGGAGCUGGAUUUCAGCGAGAACAUCAUCUCCAAUGUGGAGCCGGGCGCCUUCAGCAACCUGUUCAACCUGCAGACUUUGCGGCUGCGGGGGAACCAGCUUAAGCUCAUCCCCCCGGGGGUCUUCACCAAGCUAACCAACCUCACCCUCCUGGACAUCAGCGAGAACAAACUCGUCAUCCUGCUGGACUACAUGUUCCAGGAUUUGCGAAACCUGAAGAGCCUGGAGGUGGGCGAUAACGACUUGGUGUACAUCUCCCAACGGGCCUUCUCGGGGCUGCUCGGCCUGGAGCAGCUGACCAUUGAGAAGUGCAACCUGACCUCCAUCUCGGCCGAGUCGCUCUCCUACCUCCAGAACCUGGAGGUGCUGCGGCUCCGGCACCUCAGCAUCUCUGCGCUGGAGGACCAAAACUUCAGGAAGCUCUACAACCUCCUGCAGCUGGAGAUCGACAACUGGCCGCUGCUGGAAGACGUCUCCCCCACCAGCUUCCAGGGCCUGAACCUCACCUCGCUCUCCAUCACCUACACCAACAUCACAGCCGUUCCCGCCGCUGCCUUGAGGAACCUGGUGUACCUCCGCUACCUGAACCUGUCCUACAACCCCAUUAGCACUGUGCUGAAGGGCUCCUUUAAAGACCUCAUCCGGCUCCAGGAGCUCCACAUCGUGGGCGCUCUCUUGGUGUCCGUGGAGCCGCAGGCUUUCUCCGGCCUGAGACAAAUCCGGCUGCUCAACCUCUCCAGCAACUUUCUCUCCACACUGGAGGAGAGCACCUUCCACUCCGUCAACACGCUGGAGACGCUGCGGGUGGACAGGAACCCCCUGGCCUGCGACUGCCGCCUCCUCUGGAUCCUCCAGCGACGGAAAACGCUCAACUUUGACGGGCAGCAGCCCAUGUGCUCCUCGCCGCCCGAAAUCCAGGGCAAUGCCCUGCGCGACUUCCCAGACUCCGUGCUCUUCGAGUACUUCACCUGCCAGAAGCCCAAGAUAAGGGAUCGGAAGCUGCAGCACGUGACGGCCCGGGAAGGGCAGUCUGUGUCCUUCCUUUGCCGGGCGGAUGGGGAGCCGGACCCCUCCAUCGCCUGGGUGUCCCCCCAGCACCGCAUGAUCACCACCCGCAGCACGGGGCGGGCGACCGUGCUGCCCGGGGGCACCCUGGAGAUCCGCUUCGCCCAGGUGCAGGACAGUGGCACCUACAUCUGCAUCGCCAGCAACGCGGGAGGCAACGACACCUACUUUGCCACCCUGACGGUCAAGGGGCGGCCAGCCGACGGCUCCCACUACGCGAACCGAACUUUGUACCUCAGCGAGUUCAACGACACCUCCCACAACGACACGCAAGUCUUCUUGAAGUUUACGUUGGACCUCAAGACCAUCCUGGUCUCCACGGCCAUGGGCUGCAUCACUUUCCUGGGUGUGGUGCUCUUCUGCUUCCUCCUCCUCUUCGUCUGGAGCCGGGGCCGGGGACAGCACAAGAACAACUUCUCGGUGGAGUACUCCUUCCGCAAGGUGGACGGUCCUACCACCACCACCGGCCAAGGAGGAGCCAGGAAGUUCAACAUGAAGAUGAUCUGA